UUCCCCAUCCAUCUUAUUCCUCCUCAACUCCUGUCACCAUGACUCGUUUCUUCUGCUGUGGAAGCUACUUCCCCGGCUAUCCUUGCUAUGGAACCAACUUCCACAGGACCUUCAGAGCUACCCCCCUGAACUGCGUCGUGCCCCUGGGCUCUCCCCUGAACUAUGGUUAUGGAUGCAAUGGCUACAGCUCCCUGGGCUACAGCUUUGGUGGUAGCAACAUGUACAACAGGGACUGUUGCUACGGCGGCAGCUGUUGCAGGCCCUGGGGCUCGAACUCUGGCUUCGGCUACAGCACUUACUGA